AAUAUAAAUUUGCCAUAACGCAGAAGGAGAAUGACCAAAAAUUUUCAUUAUCUGCCAAAAGGAACUCACAGCCGGAAGUGGAACCUCGGCCACACUUCCUGCACCAAGCGUUAUCUUCUCGAGAAUUAAAUAGUCCAUCCAUUGAAACCAUUUCAGCGGCUGUGGUGCUGCUGUUUCAUUGCUCCUGCCACUUAGCAUUCCAUCUCAGUUCCUGCAUGUGGCUGCGUUUCUGCGCGCCUUUCUUCUAGAGCAAGCUUUUUGUCCACUCCGGGUUCUGAGAGUUGAUUUUCCAGGUUUCGCAGCGGAGGUAGUCUGAAAAUGGCCCCGAAAGCAUUAGACCAUGAGUCUAUAAAUGAGAACGUGAAGAAGGUGCAGUAUGCCGUUAGAGGAGAAUUGUAUCUUCGAGCCUCCGAGCUUCAAAAGGAAGGAAAAAAGAUCAUCUUUACGAAUGUUGGGAACCCUCACGCCCUUGGCCAGAAGCCUUUGACCUUUCCUCGUCAGGUAAUUGCUCUAUGCCAAGCCCCAUUUCUUUUAGAUGAUCCUAAUGUUGGACAACUGUUUCCUCCUGAUGCAAUUGCAAGGGCCAAACAUUAUCUUUCAAUUAUUGGGGGUGGUUUAGGUGCUUACAGUGACUCCCGAGGAAUUCCAGGAGUAAGGAAGGAAGUGGCAGAGUUCAUAGAAAGGCGUGAUGGCUAUCCAAGUGAUCCAGAACUGAUAUAUCUCACUGAUGGAGCCAGCAAAGGUGUCAUGCAGAUACUGAAUACUAUAAUCCGUGGUGAAGGUGAUGGGAUUCUCGUUCCAGUCCCUCAAUAUCCACUUUACUCAGCAGCUAUUGCUCUAUUUGGUGGUUCCUUGGUUCCAUAUUAUCUAGAUGAGACCUCAAAUUGGGGUCUCGAUGUUAACGAUCUCCGCCAUUCAGUUGCACAUGCUCACUCUCAAGGAAUCACAGUAAGGGCAAUGGUAAUCAUAAACCCUGGCAAUCCAACUGGUCAAUGCCUUAGUGAAGCAAAUUUAAGAGAAAUAUUGACCUUCUGUUUUCAAGAAAACUUGGCCCUACUUGGAGAUGAAGUUUAUCAGCAAAACAUCUAUCAGGAUGAACGACCCUUCAUUAGUUCUAAAAAGGUAUUAAUGGACAUGGGCCCUCCCAUCAGCAAGGAGCUUCAGCUCAUAUCCUUCCACACUGUGUCGAAGGGAUAUUGGGGCGAGUGUGGACAGCGUGGCGGAUACUUUGAAAUGACAAAUAUUCCUCCUCAGACAGUUGAUGAGAUCUACAAGGUUGCAUCCAUAUCCCUCAGUCCUAAUGUUCCUGCACAAGUUUUUAUGGGACUUAUGGUUAAUCCACCCAAGCCUGGAGAUGUAUCGUAUGAGCAAUUUGUUCGUGAAAGCAAAGGGAUCCUUGAGUCACUGAGGAGAAGGGCAAGGAUAAUGACGGAUGGUUUUAACAGCUGCAAAAAUGUAGUCUGCAACUUCACGGAAGGUGCGAUGUAUUCGUUCCCUCAAGUACAGCUGCCUCCUAAAGCAAUAGAAGCCGCAAAAAGGGUAGGAAAAGUGGCCGAUGUUUUCUACUGUCUUAAGCUUUUGGAAGCCACUGGAAUUUCCACCGUCCCCGGCUCAGGAUUUGGACAGAAGGAAGGGGUCUUCCAUUUGCGGACAACCAUCUUGCCGGCAGAGGAGGAGAUGCCGGCGAUCAUGGAUAGCUUUAAAAAGUUCAAUGAUGAGUUCAUGGAAGAAUAUGCAUAGAGUAAUAUUGACCACUGCCGUCAAUGAGGAUAUCUCCAUAUGCAUGUUUCCCUUCAAUAAGAUUUGUUUGUCCCUGUAAUUUAAGACGUAUGUGUUGUAAACUUUGCGCAAGUUUUAUUCCAGUAACGGAUACUUCCGAUGUUGUGCUUUAAGUUCUGAGCCAACUCUUCUGUCCCA